AUGGGCGACGGGCCUGAUAAACGUUACGGCGUGGUCCUGGAUGCUGGCUCGUCCGGGACCAGAAUUUACAUAUAUCGAUGGCUCUCCAACUCGGUCGCUCGACUCGAUCACACCUCCCUACAUUCGUUGCCGGAAUUGGAGACAAAGGACAAGUGGACGAAAAAGGUGCACCCAGGAGUCUCAACCUUUGGCGACACGCCCGACUUGGUCGGUCCAGACCACCUAAAACCCCUCCUUGAUCACGCCCUCGAACACAUCCCCAAAGAUGCCGUUCCUGACACGCCUAUUUUUCUGCUCGCGACCGCGGGCAUGCGCCUCCUCCCUGAGAGACAGCAAAAGAGCCUCCUCCGAAAUAUCUGUUCCUAUAUCCAAUCCGAGACGAAAUUCUCAAUACCAGACUGCGAUGUUCAUGUACAAGUAAUUUCCGGCGAGACAGAAGGGCUGUACGGGUGGACGGCGGCGAAUUAUCUGCUGGGGGGAUUUGACGAGCCCGAAGACCACGAUCAUGGCAAGGGCCACCAUACAUACGGCUUUUUAGACAUGGGUGGCGCGUCCGCACAGAUCGCGUUUGCGCCAAAUGCCACAGAAGCAGAGAAACACGCCAAUGAUCUCACCCUGUUACGUCUGCGGACAAUCGAUGGGGUGCCGCAGGAGUACAAGGUCUUUGUCACGACAUGGCUGGGUUUUGGCGCCAACGAGGCACGACGGAGAUACGUGGAAGACCUGGAGGAAUCCUAUGCUAUCGAUGGGAUCCUAGAGGUUCCCGAUCCAUGUUUGCCGACAGGACUGCGAGUAAACUUCGACGGCACCAUCAUUUCAGACGAUGGUCCCUCUCUGUCCAACCACUAUCUGCGAGGCGUCGGGAACUUUGACGAAUGUCUCAGGCGGACAUUUCCCCUGCUCGAGAAGGAUGUACCCUGUCCAGACGAACCGUGCCUGGUGCAUGGAGUCCAUGUCCCCGCCAUCGACUUUGAUGUUAAUCACUUUGUCGGCGUGAGUGAGUACUGGCACACUACUCACGAGAUUUUUGAGAUGGCGCAUAAGGAUAAAUCAUACGACUUUAAUACCUACCAGAAGAGGGUCAAGGAGUUCUGUGAGCAAGAUUGGUCGGAUAUUCGGAAGGGUAUCGAGGACAACAUGUGGGGCAACAAAGUUGACGAAAAGAGCGCACUGGAAGUGUGUUUCAAGGCCAGCUGGCUGAUUAAUAUGCUUCAUGAUGGCAUUGGGAUUCCCAGAGUCGGACUUGAAGACACGGACGUCUCAUCACAUAACGGCACCAAGGAAGUGCUGGAGGGCGCCGAGGAUAAGGGGUUCCUCGAUCCGUUCCAGGCUGUGAACAAAAUCAAAUCCACAGAAGUCAGUUGGACAAUGGGCAAGAUGCUUUUGUAUGCGUCUGCAGAUAUUCCGCCUGCCUCGGACGGGGACUUACCUGUUGGAUUCGGAAGUAAUGUGCCUGGGAUCCCCAAAGACUUUCAGUAUCCUGGGGGAGGCUUGCUCCAAGCCGCUCCAGACCAUCACUCCGGAGGGCCUGCUACCGACUUGCAAGAGACCAGUGGUAGUGAUGACGGUAGCCAGAGUAUAACGGACCACAUCCACGACACGCUCUUCAACUCUGACACCCCGCACCGCCUGCCGGGAUUCAUCUUCUUCCUCCUCAUCUUGAUCAUUGCGACAUUCUAUCUCUGCGGCCGUCAACGGCGUUCGAGGAUCUACCUUUCCCUUCGACCCGCCUCCCCGACUUCGUCCUCUGCUUACUCACCGUCAUCAACUCCGAAACUGAGGACACCGUUGAAGUUUCUCCAUGCGCUUCUGAGUCGCCGCAAAGGCGCUUACCAUCUUGACCGAGACCGCGAUAUUGAGGAAGGGACCUCACAGCAGCUCUACGACCCCAACGACUUUGAGCUGGACAACAUGUCCGACGAGGACAGCACAGUCCUCGAAGCUGACGUGGCUUUCUCCAAGUCCAACCCCAGCCGACCGACAUCACAGGGCAGGAACUCGCCUUUCCAGGGCAAGCGGCACGGUCCAGACAGGCUGAAGCCGAACCCGAUCGAUCGCUCAGGACUGGUGGUCAGGACGGAGAGUCGAGAGAGCCUGGCCGGUGGCGAUGCAGGUGUGAAUGGGCGAUCCAAGAGCAGGAACGGGAGUCCGACCAGGAUGUUAUGA